AUGGACGCCGAAGCAGAGAGGAAGGCUACGCAGCAGGCUUUCGACGACUUCUUCCGAACAGCCUAUCCCACUUAUUGUGUUGCCGUCGAAGCAAAGAUUGCGCGCCCGUUGCGAUCUCCAGAAUCCGUGGCCUUUAGUCAUGAAAUGCCUGUAUCGACCUUGCAAACCGGCGUUUGUGUCAAGAUACUCCUAGAGAAGGCAAUCACAGAACUUACCGAACACUGUCUGUUAGAUGGAACCGAUCUCUUCUACCUCCACUGGGGCUGCUUGAGUGGCGCUGGCCCCCACCUUUUGAAAAGCUGGUUCUAUACCGAAGACGAGCUUCUCGGCUUGUUUCAAAUGCUUCCAGCGAUGAGCACCGAGCCACUGCCGCAAGUCACUCUAUGUUUCGGUGUGAUGGAGAAACGAUUCCAGCCUCUAGUAAGUCCAGAGCGGUAUUCGGACCGGUUGCGAAUACACUUGCAGAAUCAUCAAGAGAUGAAUUAUGUAGAAGAAUGGUUCAUUGCCGAAAGGCACAUCAGAGCUAUUCUCGAUGAUUCAACCAUUGGCCGACUAUGGUCCGAAGAUCGCCUCCUCCACUACGAGCAGUACGAAGCGGCCAACUUGAUCGAUCUUGAAGACUCUUGCAUCCAAAAAGUCGCGGCAGAUGGAUGGCAGUUACUAGCUGCGUGUCUCCUUAAAGGUCUAGACUUACUCCCUCUCUGGAUACUUGUCUUACACGGUUUCGAUAACGGCACCUCCACGAUCCGUGCCGCGGAUAAGAUUGACCCGGAAUUUGAGGAACGGAUGCAGUCGAUCAUUAAACAGUAUCCGAAUAUGGAUCAAUAUGUGAAGGCAAAUGCGGAAUGGCUCAACACCUUGACCUUGGCCAGACGGGUUGUGUCUCCAUUUGCGUGGGAGCAGGACUGCAGAAGAAUCUGCGAGUGUAAGGGCGAGGUCCUACCGAUCCUUAUGCCGGUUUACAAGGUUUCGCCUCCGGAGCACAUCAACUUCUCUAUCGAGCAUUCUUUGGUCAGGAUAGAACCCGGCUACCAAAAAUUCAGCAAGGACCCUGAAAAAUUGUUCGUUCUCAAACGGGUCCAGACGGACAAAACAGUUGCGGGUACCUUAUCGGAUGAUCUUAAAGCAACACCUGAUGAUUUUGGACACCCAAACUUACUGAAUUGCAUCCAAGCAUGGGUUGGGACAGAGUACAGUGGCAGGAGCUUCAUGGCCAUGCUCUAUCCAACUCCAGAAACAAAUCUACCCAAUCACAUGCUCCGUCAUAGGCCUACAGAGAGGUUCUUGCGUCUUGAGCUGUGGCAGCAUAUGCACAAUAUUGCGGAUGCCAUGUUUUAUCUCCAUCGUCCAGAGACUGUUAUGAAGGGCUGGUAUCACGACAUCUCUUCAGAGGACAUCCUGAUCUUUACUAAGGACGAUGGAAAGGUCAUCUGGAAGAUUGGCAAGCUGGAUUCUAUCAUAUUGGCACAAAUUGGAGCGCACUCCAAAGGAGACCCAUUCGAAGCUGAUUCCGAUGACGAAAAUAACAGGCACCCCCGGAAAUUAUACGGUCGCCCACCCGAAAUAACUGGACGCGAGCCCAGCAAGGUAGAAACACGACCAUCGGAUGUCUGGUCGCUUGGUUGCAUCUUCCUCCAGGUAUUGGUAUGGGCAUUUCGGGACGAUCACAACACGUCUUCCUGGUCUUCACAGAUGACAAUCUGUUGGGAGGAAGGGGACUACGGUACCCCUGAGCUAGCUUCAUGGGUAGAUGAAGCGCUGAAGGCCUUGGACGUCAUUGAUCGUUAUCAGAUUCCUUUCAGUGUCGUCACCCUCCUUGUCAGCAAGAUGCUGGCCCCUGAUCCAGCCGUAAGACCCGGAAUGCAGGCCAUUGUUCAUGAUCUGGAAAAGGUUUAUCGGCGGCAAUUGUUUCAUGAGCAGCAAGAAGAAUAUGCCACGGAUAUUGAGUCCCAGGGAAGCCCUGGUCCAACAGCGAAGUUCGACGAGGACAGCACACCCAUUCAUUCAAUGUCUGUCUCAACUUCGGAAGACGAAGACGCCGGGUUGUCAGUCCGCGGAGUGGACGUCCGAGAGCUCUUGUUGGGCGUACAGCCAUCUAUAAUGAAGCAUGCACCAAUGCUUCAGUCUGCAGAUACCCAUGGUCAGAGUAAGGGCAAGAGCGAUCCAGGUCAGUUCGCGGCUCCGAAAUCGAAUUCGGGAUUGAGAGACGAGAUUAUCGAUUUGAUGCUGUCACGGUCUCAGGCUAGGCUUCGCAACAUAGCAAAGAGCGAGAAUCGAGAAGAUUAG